AUGCCUUCCAACCCCAGAUACAACUAUGCGGGCUCCAGAGACUGGCGUCAAACUCGGGUUCCUCCAAACACGCGGAUGGAGAUCUGGAUAACCGCAGUUGUCUUACUUUUCCUCGGGUUGAUUCCCUUUUUUGGAAUACUGCUCUCCGUCUGCCUAAAAUCGACACCGUGCACCGACUACAUGCUGGAAACAUCGCCAUAUUUCCGUCAGAGCGCCUAUUUCUACCAGCAGCAGCGCCCAGUGGAUUUGCUUUCGUCCAGAAGCAUUACCGUGUCGCGCCCGGGAAGCAUGGCCAUGUCUCCAUUUGCUCCUCCUGAGGGUAUUUACGCCACUCGGUCGUCAAGGAGCAACACAGCUGUGUCAGCAAAAGGCCAUACCGAACGGUCACACAAAAAAUCGGGAUCCAGUCAUAAGAGCAGCGCUCGUUACCAAAAUUCAAUAGACAAAGCUAUGACAACGGACGGCGUAGCCAUUUCAAUUCAAGAACCAGCGCCUGUCCAGGCACAGUCGCACGCAGUGUUUGACCGUGUAAGCAAAAUGGACUGGAUGGAAGAUGUCAUGGCUAUUUCCCCUACAGACCAUUACCGCACCUCAUUGUCUACCGGAUUUAACACUCGGAACCGCUCGCAGACGCUGUACACGGACAUACAUGAGCUGGCCACGCGCAACAGCACAAUUGCCCCGGCGUUGGUGUCCACAAAGGACCUGCCGGAGUAUUUGACCAACGACCAUAACCUAGCUGGCGAGAAGGACAGCGUGAAGAUUAAAAUGCCGUCAAAGAGGAUGACGCAGUCGCUGUGCAUUGAUGCGUCCAUUUUGGACAAGCGCGAGUCACUGUCAAAGGGCUUCAAGCUGCUCAAGAGGCCGGAUUACUCUCACUUGAAACACAAGCAAGCCGGUGACUCUGGUCCUGCUAGCCUGAUCAAUCUGGAAUCAUGUGCGCGCAAGCUGGUCUGA